ACUGGAAGAUGGCGAUGCAACGCGGCAUCCAUGGAAAUGGAUGAGAGCACCUUUGCUUUUGCAAACGCAGCAUCUGCACUGCAGCAUACAUAGAGAAAGAGAGAGAUUGAAAUUAGGGUUUUGCUUUUCCUUUUCUUCUUCCCGGAUCUCUGAAAGUAAUUGAGGAAUUUGACUUUCAAAAAUGUCGAAUUCCAGGGUCACCAUCACCCUCGGUCGCUCUGGUCAGGUUGUGGAGAGAGGAGGAUUUGUAUCCAAUUCUGCAAAAGUGCGUGGUGAUAGUGGGAUGGUUUCCGGAAGUAAACGAAUGGCAGGCAGACUUGGGAGUAAUGCUCAUGGUUUUUCGUUUUCUGCGGGUAAACGGCAACGAGGAGAUGGCAUAAAAUGGAAUGAGGAUGAUAGAACAAUGCAAGAUUCACGAAUCAGUCGAAAUGACCUCAGAUUGAAAUUGUUGCAUAAAAGAUUAUCUAAGAAGCAAAUUGACGGAGUUGCUGAAGAGCGCAAGCAGAUGGACCCUCAUGCAAAGCUUUCAAAACCUGUUCAUCCUUCACUGAGAUACCAGGUGCUGCAGCAUACUUCUGAAACAAAUGCAAGUAGCCACAUGAGGCAGGCUCCUCUGAGAGAAAGUCCAGCUGGUCUAUACCAGGUAAAUUCUCGAGGAAACUUCUACUCUUCUCCAACUACGGAUGGAUUCAGAGGUAGAUCCCCACCAAGAGAGCUGCACCCACCAUCAUCAUUGAGGCCAGUUGACGCUUGUAGAGCUGGCCAGUUCCCGAGAAAUGGUAUGGUUGGUUCUUCUCAGCCGACAGACUCCUUUAUUUUCACAAUGAAAGCUACCCCUCAAGCUGCCAGGCCAAUAGCACAGUUUGCUCCAGCAACUGGCGGCAUGCAGAGAAGUUCACAAAUGGUGGAUGACACUCGAACUGUUGCUGAGUUGUUGCAUAGACUUGGUUUGGGAAAAUAUGCCAUUAUUUUCCAGGCUGAAGAAGUAGACAUGACUGCUUUGAAGCAGAUGGGGGAUAAGGACCUCAAAGAGCUGGGCAUACCGAUGGGACCAAGAAAAAAGAUCCUUCUUGCACUUUUACCCCGUACUAAACGGCCAGCCACCAUAAUCCCUACUUGUAACGAUGCAACGAAAGAUCCUAUUAAGAACGAAGAAAAGAAAAUUGCUGCUAUUUCAAGAGCAUUUCGUUUGUUUGUAUGUACCUUCACCCAUUGUAUCCGAAAUCGAGUUUGAAGUUCAGGUUUGCGACGGUUUUGAUUAGGUUGAAUAACUUCUAUAGGGCUUGUGCUGUUGUAUUUUAUAUACACAAAAAUUAAUCUUUAGUUAUUUUGUUCGUUGCA